AUGGUCGUUAUGGAGAGAGACCAGCCAGUUGAACUGGCUGACCUUCCCGGGAGAGCUGCCCUGGUAUUGUACGGGUCAGAGACGGGCAACAGUCAAGACAUUGCAGAAGAGCUUGGCAAGAUGACACAGCGAUUGCAUUUCAAGACUAAAGUUGAUGAACUAAAUGCGGUCCAGCUUUUCCCCCAGCUCCCACUGUCUACUCAGCACAUGACUGACGGCACCGAAGAUUCAACUGGGCUGCUCGAAAACUACACAAGCGUCUUGAACAGCUGGGUGCCACUGAGUUCUAUCCUCGGGGCGAGGGCAACGAACAAGACGAUGACGGGGCUGAGUCCCAUUCCAGAUACAGCCCUCCUUCCUCCGAAAUACAUCAUCAAGAUCAGCCCUGUAGACACGCCGCGCCAUUCCCAAGACACAGCCGCUGAAGGAACUCCUAACUUACAGUCACUCGAUUUCGUCACGGGAUCAUCAGCAGCUGCCACUUCAUUGGAGGCGGGUGCUGAACAGCCGAGCCAACAAGCAUUGCAGCAUCUAAUUUCUGCAGUGCCUGGCGGUCUCGUCGUCGAAGUCAACUCAAACACCCGGGUCACGCCGACCGAGCACUGGCAAGACGUCCGAAGACUUUCUUUCGACAUUCGUCACCUACAACCACCGUCACUUCAAAUCAAUCCUGGCGACUGCCUGAGACUCUACCCCAGAAAUCUAUCUCAAGAUGUCGACAAGCUCUUGGACGUGAUGCAAUGGGGGGCUAUUGCGGACAAUGUUGUGGACUUGGGAACGCUCAGCGAACGCCCGACCGGUCUCUAUACGGCCAACAUGACGACAUUACGACGUCUGCUCACCGAGAACCUGGACAUAACCGCAAUUCCUCGGCGCAGUUUUCUUGAGGCCAUCUCUCACCAUUGUACGGAUUCGGAUCACAAGGAACGGCUCCUGGAAUUCACAAAGUCGGAAUACAUCGACGAGUAUUACGACUACGCUACUCGGCCGCGACGCACUAUCAUCGAGGUUCUCGAGGAGUUCCACUCGGUUCAGUUCCCUCCGGAGUAUGUACUUGAUGUCUUCCCCGUGAUCCGCGGCCGUGACUUCAGCAUUGCCAGCAUCGAGCCGUCAGAACCCGGAAGCGACUCUUCCUACAAGCUCGAGCUUCUUGUCGCCUUGGUGAAGUAUCAGACAGUCCUUCGCAAGAUCCGUACCGGUCUAUGCUCGCGCUAUAUCAACCUACUCGCUGCAGGAAAUGCAGUACUGGCCAGCCACAAGCCGUCCCUGACGAGUCUGCAUGGCAAAUUGCACGCGCGUCGGCCACUCUGCGCUUUUGCAACCGGCACAGGCAUUGCACCCAUCCAUGCCCUCAUCCAGGAGCGGCUCCGCUACGAUGACACCGACACGCCCACCGGUAGGACCUUGCUCUUCUUUGGCAACAGGUCACGCGGCAAGGACUUCUUCUUCGCCGAUGAAUGGGCCGCCAUGCCAUCUUCCAAGCUCGAGGUCCACACGGCGUUCUCGCGAGACCAAAAGGAGAAGAUAUAUAUACAAGAUGUCAUCCGGCAGCAGGCGCAGGUCGUCGCAGACAUGGCCCGGGAGAAUGUCAUCUUUAUCGUCUGCGGCGGCAGUAGUAAAAUGGCCACGGCGUGCCGGGCCGCGGUCGUGGAGUGCCUGCGCGUCGGGGGCCUCUGCGAGACCGAGACGGAGGCGGAGGAGAUGCUAGGGAGGUUAACCUGGUGGCAGGAAAUCUGGUGA